AUGGAGAAGCUGGCGGCCGGGCUGGCCGGCCUGCGCUGGAGCAUGGGCGCCUUCCCGCUGGACCUCAUCGUCAGCCGCUGCCGCUUGCCCACGCUCGCCUGCCUUGGGCCAGGGGAGUAUGCCGAGGGCGUCAGUGAGCGAGACAUCCUGCUCAUUCAUUCCUGCCGCCAGUGGACCACGGUGACAGCCCACACCCUGGAGGAGGGCCACUACGUCAUCGGGCCCAAGAUUGACAUCCCCCUGCAGUACCCAGGGAAGUUCAAGCUCCUGGAGCAGGCCCGGGAUGUUCGGGAGCCAGUGAGGUACUUCAGCAGCGUGGAGGAGGUGGCCAGCGUCUUUCCUGAUCGCAUCUUUGUGAUGGAAGCCAUCACCUUCAGUGUCAAGGUGGUGUCAGGGGAGUUCAGCGAGGACAGCGAGGUGUACAACUUCACGCUGCAUGCGGGCGAUGAGCUCACUCUCAUGGGCCAGGCGGAGAUCCUGUGCGCCAAGACCACCAAGGAGCGCUCCCGCUUCACAACCCUGCUGCGCAAGUUGGGCCGGGCUGGGGCGCUGGCCGGGGUGGGCGGCGGCGGCCCGGGGGGCGCUGGGGCCGCGGGUGGCGGCGGGGGUGCCAGGCCCAUCAAAGGCAAGAUGCCCUGCCUCAUCUGCAUGAACCACCGCACCAACGAGAGCCUGAGCCUGCCCUUCCAGUGCCAGGGCCGCUUCAGCACGCGCAGCCCGUUGGAGCUGCAGAUGCAGGAGGGCGAGCACACGGUGCGCGCCAUUAUCGAGCGCGUGCGGCUCCCGGUGAACGUGCUGGUGCCCAGCCGGCCACCCCGCAAUCCCUAUGACCUGCACCCGGUACGGGAGGGCCACUGCUACAAGCUGGUCAGCAUCAUCUCCAAGACAGUGGUGCUGGGGCUGGCGCUGCGCCGCGAGGGCCCGGCCCCGCUGCACUUCCUGCUGCUCACCAACACGCCGCGCUUCGCAUUGCCGCAGGGCCUCCUGGCCGGGGACCCGCGCGUGGAGCGCCUGGUGCGCGACAGCGCCUCCUACUGUCGCGAGCGCUUCGACCCCGACGAGUACUCGACCGCAGUGCGCGAGGCUCCCGCCGAGCUGGCCGACGACUGCGCCAGCCCGCGCCGCGCGCGCCUCUGCCUGCCCGCACCCCCGCGCACCCUCGUGCCCGCCCGCGCCCCCGGCCCCGGCCCACCCGGCCCACCCGGCGACGGCGACCAGGAGUACGUGAUCCCCGACUGGGCCGGCGGGCCUGAGCCCGCUGCGCCGCCCGCCGAGAUUCCCUACGAGGAGCUGUGGACGCACCAGGCGGCCGAGGGCCUAGCCGAGAGCAGGACCCGGCCGCUCCCGGGGCCCGAUCUUAUCUCCUUCGGAGCCGUCGGGCCGCCCCGCCUGGAGCCCGAGGCGGCGCCGCCUCCCGUGCCUCCCAAAUCCGAGGCGGUGAAGGAGGAGUGCCGCCUGCUCAACGCCCCUCCUGUGCCCCCGCGGGGUGGCAGUGGCCGGCUCUCGGGUAGCCCCCCAGUACCCCCACGCUUCCCUAAGCUGCAGCCCGUCCACUCCCCCAGCUCCAGCCUCUCCUACUACUCCUCUGGCCUCCAGGAUGGGGCGGGAUCCCGAAGUGGCAGUGGCUCUCCAUCACCUGACGCCUACUCCCUCUAUUGCUACCCCUGCACCUGGGGAGACUGCAAGGUGGGCGAGUCCUCCAGCCGUCCACCCCCAGGCCCCCUGCCCUCAACCACGCAGCCCAGCCAGGCCUCCCGGGCCCUUGUGGAGCCCCUGGGUGGUCGAGCUGCCUGCCUCCUGGGGGCCGACACCCCCACCAAGACUUACCACGGCUGCCCACCUCCAUUCAAGCCCUCCCACCCCCAGAAACGCUUUGCUCCGUUUGGAGCUCUUAACCCCUUUUCUGGGCCUGCCUACCCCACGGGCCCUUCAGCGGCCUCCUCUUCCGGGCCUGCAGCUGCCUCAGGUCCCCUGGCUACCUCCAGCCCCGCUUACUCCCCAGGCCUGGGCUCUCCAGGCCAGGCCUACUCGGCAGCUUCCGCCUCCUCCUGCCCCACCUCCUCCUCCUCCUCCUCUGAGUGGCAGGAACCCUCCCUGGAGCCCUUCGACCCCUUUGAGCUGGGCCGGGGCAGUUCUCCAGAGCCUGAGCUGCUGCGCUGUCAGGAGCCCAGAGCUGUGGGGGCACCUGGGCCCGGCCUCUCGCCACUUGGACCCCCCAAGACCUUUGAGCCCGAAAGCUUGGUGUCGAGGCAGGGCCCUGCCCCACUGUCACCGGCGGCCCCGCAGGGCCCCGAGGCCGGUGGAGCGCGACUCCUUCUCACCCAGGGGCGCCUCGAAGGGCCUCCUGCCAGUCCCCGGGAUGGGGCCACGGCCUGGGGAGGCCGAGAAGCCGCCUCCUGGCAGCCCCCCGCUGACCUGUCUGCACUCUCCCUGGAGGAGGUCUCCCGAAGUCUGCGUUUCAUCGGGCUCUCAGAGGACGUGGUCAGCUUCUUUGCCCGAGAGCGCAUUGACGGCAGCAUCUUCGUGCAGCUCAGUGAGGACAUCCUGGCAGAUGACUUCCGCCUGACCAAGCUGCAGGUCAAGAAGAUCAUGCAGUUCAUCAAAGGCUGGCGGCCCAAGAUCUGA